CUUUCUCCAUAGGCUAGAAAUCUUGAAGCAUGGGCGACUGGAGCUUUCUAGGGCGGCUGUUGGAGAACGCUCAGGAGCACUCAACGGUCAUCGGCAAAGUCUGGCUGACUGUCCUCUUCAUCUUCAGGAUCCUGGUGCUGGGGGCCGCAGCCGAAGAGGUCUGGGGCGACGAGCAGUCUGACUUCACCUGCAACACCCAACAGCCUGGUUGCGAGAAUGUCUGCUAUGACGAGGCCUUCCCCAUCUCGCACAUCCGCUUCUGGGUGCUGCAGAUCAUCUUUGUGUCCACACCGACUCUCAUCUACCUGGGCCACGUGCUACACAUCGUCCGCAUGGAGGAGAAGCGGAAAGAGAAGGAGGAGGAGAUGCGCAAAGCAAACAGGUUCCAAGAGGAGAAAGAACUCCUUUAUAGAAAUGGUGCAGAGGCUGGAGGAGGAGGCGGCAAGAAGGAGAAGCCGCCAAUCAGGGACGAGCAUGGCAAAAUCCGUAUCAGAGGUGCAUUGCUGCGUACCUAUGUGUUCAACAUUAUUUUCAAGACCCUGUUUGAAGUGGGAUUCAUUUUGGGCCAGUAUCUCCUCUAUGGCUUCCAGCUGAGGCCCCUGUACAAGUGUGCACGUUGGCCCUGCCCCAACACCGUUGACUGCUUCAUAUCGAGGCCCACUGAAAAGACUAUUUUUAUUAUAUUUAUGCUUGUGGUGGCUUGCGUGUCUCUUUUGCUGAAUUUGUUAGAGAUCUAUCACCUGGGAUGGAAGAAAGUUAAACAGGGCAUGAGAAAUGAGUUUAACCCCGACAGCGAGUCGCUGCGCCGCGUCGACAUUGCAGAGCCUGAGUGUUUGGCCUCAGCCUCCAGAACUGCCCCUUCCAGCCUCAGCUACCCUCCCAACUACACAGAUGUGACGGCGGGCAGCAGGGCAUUCCUGCCGCCCAUUGGGCCGGCAGCUGUGCCCUCAGCAGCGGAGUUCAAGAUGGACAACCUCCAGCAGGAACAGUCCCUCCGCCAGUCCUCCCCCUCUUCCCACUACUACAUCAGCAACAACAACAACCACAGGCUGGCCACGCAGCAGAACUGGGCCAACCUGGCCACCGAGCAGCAGACUCGGGAGAUGAAGGGCACCUCUCCCUCCCCAUCCUCCUCUUCCUCCACCAGCACCAACAACGAGCAGCAGCAGCCCGUCGAUGCUGCACUGCUCCUUCCCACCAGCAACACUACCAAUAAAACCAGCAUCACCAAUACAACCACCACUGCUGCCUCCAGCAGCAGCAACCCUGACACGGCCUCCAAUACAGGCAGCUGGGGUGGGGGGAAGAGCGAGCAGGAGGAAGGCCAUGUCACCACCACUACAGUGGAGAUGCACAAGCCACCAGUUACGGUCAGCACAGACCCUCGGCGGCUCAGUCGGGCCAGUAAGAGCAGCAGCAUCAGGGCCAGGCCAAGCGACCUGGCUGUCUAAAUCUCUUCAGCCCUUUCAUGUCCCUAAACCCUCCCUGACCAAC